AUGCCAGGCGAUAGGAAAGUAGCCGUUAUUACUGGUACGAAUAGUAAUCUGGGAUUGAAUACUGCGUACCGCCUGAUAGAAGAAGUUGCCAAUGACGUACGGCUGACGAUCGUUGUUACCUCCAGAACUCUUCCGAGGGCCCGUGAAGUUAUAGAUCAGAUUUCCAAAUUUGUGGAGAAGAAGCAAAGACCGGGUCCUGUGGACUACGAUUAUUUGCUGGUGGAUUUCACCGAUAUGGUGAGUGUCCUAGGGGCAUACUAUGAUCUAAACAAACAGUACAGCGAAAUACAUUACUUUUUCGUCAAUGCAGCGCAGGGCGUGUAUAGUGGAAUUGAUUGGCUGGGGGCAGUAAAAGAGGUCUCCACCAGCCCGAUCGAAGCUGUGACUAAUCCGACAUAUAAGGUUCAAAGGGUUGGGGUUCAGUCGGCAGACGGCAUGGGUCUUGUUUUCCAAGCCAAUGUUUUCGGACCUUACUAUUUGAUUCAAAAAAUACUUCCUCAACUCCAGGCCGGGAAGGCCGUGGUCGUGUGGAUAUCAAGUAUUAUGUCUGAUCCGAAGUACUUGUCACUGGAUGACAUCCAACUGAUCAAGAGCCCUGCAUCUUAUGAAGGAUCUAAAAGGUUGGUCGAUUUAUUGCAUUUAGCAACCUUCAACGAUUUGAAAAACCAAGGCAUAACGCAAUACGUUGUUCAACCAGGAAUUUUCAUCAGUCACUCCUUUUUCAAAUAUUUGAAUGUCAUGAGCUACUAUGGCAUGUUGCUUCUUUUCUAUCUCGCAAGAUUUCUGGGUUCUCCUUGGCAUAAUAUCGAUGGAUAUCGCGCUGCUAAUGCACCUGUCUACGUCGCUACUUUGGCCAACCCCAGGUUUGAGCAACAAAAACUAAAGUAUGGGUCAGCCACUUACAAAGACGGACUAGAAUAUAUUCGAACUGAGGAGAUUGAAGCCACCGGUGUUCAGGACGUUAAGGCGUACAUUAGAAAACUAAAGGAGGAGUGGGACUUGAAAUUGAAAGAUCAAAUUACGAACUCAAGGCAAGUUUAG